AUGGUGAACGAGCAGCGGGCGCAGGUGAAGGGCAUCAAGUCGCGCAGCCUGGUGAACAAGGCGCGGAACGAGGCCAAGCGGGAGCUGGAGGAGGCUCAGUCGGACGCGCCGUUGCACGCGCUGCGCCUGGACGGCCGCCCCGCGCGCCUGCUGCGCAACGACGCCCAGUUUUACGCGCAGCAGCAGAGCGAGGGGCUGGUGCCCUGGGGGGCGCACCCGGACGUGCUCAUAGACCGGUACGACGCACGCGCCCUGCUGGACAUCUACGUGGAGCCAGACCCCGGGGUGUGGCGCCACCGCCAGCGGUCUGCGCGGGAGGUGGAGCUGGAGGAGCAGGUGGUGUUUGAGGCGUACCGAGACCUCAUACGCCUCAAGUGCCUGGGGCUGUCGGAGGACCAGGACAUGGAUCGGUGCGCGGUGCGCGACUUUGGGGUGGAGGACUUCAGCUCCAUGCUGCGCUGGGCGAUGAGGGAGGAGGCGGCGGAGGCGGCGGCCAACCGGCGGCGCAACCGGCGGGGGUGGAGCCGCAAGAAGGCGCGGCUCAGGUCCAAGCGGCUGGCCGGCCAGGGGCUGGACCCUGCGCUGUACUACAAGCCGCCGCCCAAGGAAGCCGCAGACAUCAGCUGGAUCCCGGAGCGCAAGCCGGAAGACCUGGCGCAGAGGUUUGGGCGGCGGGACAGCCCGGAGUACGAGCCGGCGCCGGGCGGCGGGCGCGACCGCUCGCGCUCGCCGGGCGCGCGCCGUGCCCGCCCCCAGACAGAAUUCAUCACCACCUUUGGCGGCGGCGGCGGCGGCGGCGGCGGCGGCGGCGGCGGGCAGCCCCCAGCGGCAGAGUACGGCGGCGGCGCGGCGCGGCGGCAGCAGCAGGAGGUCAAGGAUGCGGUGCCGGGGGCGGCGGACCCCGCCCUGGAGGGGCCCGCCAUGCUGCCCGCCGCGGCCUUCAAGCUGCACGGCGUGCGGCCGGACGACGCGAGGGAGCGCGACAGAUACGGCGGCAGCGUGAGCGGCAGGGACUACAGCCGUGCCAAGGGCGUGGCGGGCGCGGCCCCCACCACCGUGGUCAAGGCUGUCGACCGCAGCAAGGAGACGCCGCAGGAGCGCCUCAAGCGCCUCAUGGCAGCGCAGCUCAACAAGAAGAUCCAGAAGGACAGCCUGACGGCGGCGCAGAAGCAGAAGCAGGAGGAGGCUGAGCGGCGGGCGCGGCAGGCCAACGAGAUAGCGGCGCAGGAGGCGGAGUGGCGGGACAGCGGCGGCCUGUACUCGCAGCCGCCGCCGCCGCGGGCGCGGGAGCGGGAGCGCGAGCAGGAGCGGGAGCGCAGCCCCAGCCGCAGCCGCAGCCGCAGCCCAGAGCGCUACCGGCGGCGCAGCCGCAGCCGCGAGCGGGAGCGAGAGCGCAGCCGUGAGCGUGGGCGGGAGGCGGAGCGUGGAGGGGACGGCAGGGGGCACUCGCGCGGCGGCAGCGACACGCGCCGGCGGCGGAGCCGCAGCCGCAGCCGAGACCGGCGCAGCCGCAGCCGGGACAGGGACAGGCAGUACCGGAGCAGCAGGCGGAGCCCCAGCCUUCCACGCCACUACGGCAGCGGCCGCCGGUGA